AGCCGAUCUCGGGUCGGACGUGCGGUAGUUGUUUUCGCAAUCCACAGAAGCCAUGACUUCGAUGCGCAUGUUGCUGGCUGCCCUGGUCGUCCUUCUGCACUCGACUCAGGCCUUUCGAGAGCUGCAUUCAACAGCAGUUCAGCGGUUUGAAGAAGGGCCUGAUGAAACGAAAGAGCCUGAUCAAGGAGAGGAAGAACCCAAUCAAGAAGCGCAAGUGAAAGAACUAGCACCUAGUGAAGAGGAGGACGACGAAGAAGAAGAAGCUGAUCAACAAGAGGGGCAAGUGGGAGAAGAUGCUGGUCCUGGUGAACAACAAGAUGCUGAACCAGUCGAAGAACAGGAUGUGGAGGACUUGCCCGCUCCAGUGGCAGCACAGAAGGUUCGAGCAAAAGACAUGGCAGAAGGCGACGAAGGCGAUCCAGAGGAGCUUUUGAACUUGGAGGAGUUCCUGCCCUUGUGUGACAAGGAGAUCGUGGAAGACACCUGCCGGCUGUUGAAUGAAGGUGAGAAGCACGAGGAGGUGGAAAAAUACACCACUUGGCAGGAGAUCGAGCAGCACUUAUCCGCGGACGAGAAGAGCCUGGACCGAUUCAGGCAAAUCACUGGUAUUGCGCUCCUGGGGGUGGGAUGCCUUGGCAAUGCCCCAAAGCUCACUGGGUUGGAGAAGCCGAGGCGGUUGACAUUGGGGGGCACCUUCCAACUGCACCAACCUUGGAGCUUCAAUUGGCGACCAACCUUGGCAUCACUCAGCCAACCUGGAAUUAUCAUAGUUUACGUGGAUGGCGCCAGCCAUGCCACCCGCUUCCAGUGUAGAGGAAGAUGAGGAAGACGGCGCACUUCCUGUGAGGCAGGAGGACCAUUCCAUUCGACGUGGAGCAUUCCGUUCGUGCUAAGGGUGAGGGACGGCAAAGUCUGGGUCGAGUGCGAGGUGCUUUGCAAGAAGUUGGUCAGCCUGGUGACGAAGUCCACUGGCGCCAUCCUGCCGCACAAGAGCGAUCUGGCCUGCUAUCACUUGGGUUUCUCGGUGCGGGCGAGAGAUGGAUGGAGGUCGGUGGCUGGUGUGAGGAUGGAGGACGGAUGCUGACCCUAGUGGCUGGUGUGAGGAUGAGGAUGGACGAGGACGGAGGUGGAAUUUGAGGAAGGUGGAAUGCGUUUGUUAGUGAUUGUUUUAGCGUUUUAUGAUUAACUUGUUUUUGGAGGUCAUGUCAACUGAUGAAAUUGUUUCUUGGCAGAUUGGUGCCCUGAUCAAAAGGUCUCUCCUGAACUCUUUGCACGUGACUUCCGGUCCUUUUGGUUACAGUGGUUUCAGAGUAGCCAGUGCCAUCGAACCUUUUAAACCGCAAAGGUAGCAAGCCGCGGUGACAUCAGGGGCGUGCUGGGAACGGCAAGAGUGGAACCUUCUAAUGUAUCGGCCUGUUUGUGUGGGCUGGUGAAUUCAUCAGGCGUUGAAGAGACGGCACCUAAACAACUCCCACACACGACCUGGGACUGGGACUGGCACAUUCACAUUUAGC